CCACCUUUGCCAGACGUUUGACAUUUGGUGCACAGGCCAAGUUCACAACUGGUCGGGAAAUGUGGGAACAGCUCGGCCCAGAGAAAGCGAAAGUGAGACUAACCAAAAAACCUCAGUCCACGGACGCCGACGUCGACUUUGUGUGUCUCUAUCUCCUCUCUCCCCUCUCCCUACCACUACCGCUCUUUUUUUUUUUAAAGAAGCAGAAGCAACAAUGGCGCCCCUCUCGACCGUGACGCGCGCCCUCGCCCGGCCCUCCGUCCUGCGUGUUGCCGCCCGCACCAUCUCGACGACCCCGGCCGUCCGCGGCGACUCUUCCUACUCUAGCCCUUUCAAGGGCGAGAGCAACAGCACCAAGGUGCCGGAUUUCUCAAAGUACCUGUCGGACAAGAAGCCGAGCUCGAAUGCGCUGAUUAGCUAUUUCAUGGUGGGCACGUUGGGUGCGAUCACCGCGGGGGGGGCGAAGAGUACCAUUCAGGAGUUCCUCGUCAACAUGUCCGCCUCUGCUGACGUCUUGGCUUUGGCCAAGGUUGAGGUUGAUUUGAAUGCCAUUCCCGAGGGCAAGAAUGUCAUCGUCAAGUGGAGAGGCAAGCCCGUCUUCAUCCGCCACCGCACAGCCGCCGAGAUUGAGGAGGCCAACAACAUCAACGUUGCGUCGCUAAGAGACCCCGAGGCCGACAGCGAUCGCGUUCAGAAGCCUGAGUGGCUUGUCAUGUUGGGUGUCUGCACACACUUGGGCUGCGUCCCCAUCGGCGAGGCCGGUGAGUACGGCGGCUGGUUCUGCCCCUGCCACGGCUCCCACUACGACAUUUCGGGCCGCAUCAGAAAGGGCCCUGCCCCUCUGAACCUCGAGAUUCCCGCGUACGAGUUCCCCGAGGACGACAAGCUGGUUAUUGGUUAAAUGCUUGCUACUUUGCUGCGGUUUUGUUGCGGAGAAAAUAAAAAGCGAGCGAAUCGAUAGAAAGAGAGAGAGAGAGAGAGAAAGAGAGAACCUAAAAUGCAAAAACUUGUAUAUUCUUGUCCACCAC